ACAGAGAAAACGUCAAAAUCAAAAUUACUUUUCCGAAAAUUGCACGCAUUUUACUUCGUUCGUAAAGUUCACUUUUUUGCUGUUACGCAAAAUCCUCUGAAAUCGGAAGCAUUUAGCAGCGUAAUCUAAUCAAUUUACAUCUCAGGAUUCUUCAAAAAGACUAAACCACAAUGGCCACACAAUUCCUGAACCGUAUCGGCCAGCUUGGACUGGGAGUCGCGAUCGUCGGCGGAGUCGUCAAUUCAGCGUUAUAUAAUGUUGAUGGUGGCCACCGGGCUGUAAUCUUCGAUCGUUUUACCGGAGUCAAGCAGCAGGUCUCUGGCGAGGGAACCCAUUUCUUCGUUCCGUGGGUUCAGCGACCGAUCAUCUUCGAUAUCCGAUCCCAGCCUAGAAACGUUCCGGUCGUGACCGGAAGUAAGGAUUUGCAAAACGUGAACAUCACGCUGCGUAUUCUGUUCCGGCCAAUUCCCGACCAGCUGCCGAAAAUCUACACCAUUCUGGGUCAGGAUUACGACGAGCGUGUUCUGCCAUCAAUUACCACUGAAGUCUUGAAAGCAGUCGUGGCGCAAUUCGAUGCCGGAGAGUUGAUCACCCAACGUGAGAUGGUCUCACAGAAGGUGUCCGAUGAUUUGACGGAACGUGCCGCCCAGUUCGGAGUGAUUCUGGACGAUAUUUCCAUCACGCAUUUGACCUUCGGCAAGGAAUUCACACAGGCCGUCGAAAUGAAACAGGUCGCUCAACAGGAAGCCGAGAAGGCCCGGUUCAUGGUCGAGAAGGCCGAACAGAUGAAGAAGGCUGCCAUCAUUUCGGCCGAGGGUGACGCCGAAGCUGCUGCCCUGCUGGCGAAAUCGUUUGCCGAUAGCGGUGAUGGCUUGGUUGAACUGCGAAGAAUCGAAGCCGCGGAAGACAUUGCCUACCAGAUGAGCCGGUCCCGAGGUGUGGCCUAUCUGCCGGCUGGACAAACGACACUGCUCCAGUUGCCACAGUAAAUCUGGGCUCGGUUCAGCAAUGGGGGGAAAGCAUUUCGUUCUUUUUAAGUCUGUAGUUCGUAGAUCGAGAUCGGUUUGAGAGUAUAAGUUCGACAGUGGUUUUAGUUUGGGGGAAGCAACGAGACUGUGCUUGUUAGAUUGGUGUCAUUUUGGUGAGACAGCUCGGCUAGAAUUUGCUUUGAAUAUACCCGUUUGGAAAGCUGUCGACGCUGCAUUAGAGAAAAGGGUUUGUCAAGCAGGCAUUUUUUAUGUUCAAAUUGAUCUUUUGGUUUGCUGAUCGCUGAAUUCAGCGAUCAUUAAGUUGAAACAUCCGGGCUUACCUUGAAUAAUAGCGUUAAAACCGAUAUGUUGUUGUACAAUGUAUUUGGCAAAGAAUAAAAAUUACCUAUAUUAUCACAUGAA